AUGGCAUUAAGCGAGAAAGUUAUGUUUGCAAUGCUGGAGAAAAUAAAAAAUGAGAUCAAUGAUAAUACGCUCACAACUAUCAAACAAGUGAUUAGUGAAUUGAAUAUUUCAUCGUUGCUUGGAGAGCAGAAUAAAAGAAUUGAUAAACUGACUGAGGAGAAUGAUAGGUUGAAACUCGAGGUAUCGCGGCAACGGGCAGUGAUUGAUUCCAUGCGCAGAGAGAAAAAUCUUAUAUUUUACGGUAUGGAGGAGAAAGAGGGUGAGAGUCGUGAGCAGAUCAUGGAGAAAAUACUGGAUUUGAGUAAUAGUGUGAUGGAAGUUGAACUGAAAGAGACAGAUAUUGAUUUUGUCAAACGAUUAGGAACUGCUGGUCCCAGUACCAAACGCCCAAUAAUGUUGUCAUUGGUAUCAAACAUGAAGAGACAAAGUAUUCUAAAUAAUGGGAUAAGAUUAAAGACUCGUAAGCUAUCUGUCUAUCCAGAUUGUGACAAGGAAACGAGAGAAAAGAAGAAGAAGUUAUAUUCAACUCAAAAGCAACUGCGGGAUGCUGGCUAUGACGUUAAAAUCAAGGGAAUCGGACUUCUAAUCAAUGGAAAUUAUGCUACUUGGAAUGAUUUAACAGAAGACAUGUUGAACAAGUACUUGGAAGAGGCCUCGUUAUCAGCGUUCUCGGCGUCGCAUAAAAGUAAGAGAAUCGCCCAUCAGGAACAGAGUCCAGCAAGAGGUGCAGCUACAACUGGAGGCAACAUAACACAAUUUCUCCGUCCACAACGCAGCAAGUCAAAGUGGAAAAAACCUUCGGAACGUCAAUAA